UAGGCUCCUGGAUCGAGCUCCUGGAUCGGGCUCCUGGAUCAGGCUCCUGGAUUGGGGACCCGGAGGUCCUGGAGGUCCUGGAGGUCCUGGAGGUCCUGGAGGUCCUGGAGCAGCUGCAGGUUGUCUGAUGGCUCCUGAACAGGAGAACGUUCUCAGCUAGCGUCUCUCAGAAGGGUGUUGACCUUCGACCCCCACCCCACCCCACCCAACCCCCACCUGCCUGCUGAUGGAGCUCUGCUUGUUACCAUGGAAACACCACAUCUGCCUGACUCUGCUGCUGGUCCAGCUGAGUUACAACACAGUUGCAGCUUCGUGUCGGAUCCUGAGGUGUAACUCUGACUUUGUGGCGGCCACACUGGACCUCAGCGGCGGCGGCGGUGCAGGCGCAGUUCCGGCAGGGGGCGCCGCCCUCAGCCGAGAGGCGGUGAACGCCGGUUACUGCGGCGCCCUGCGCUCCUACGCCACGUGCACCAAGCGGAUGGCGAGGGCGUGCCGCGGCGACCUGGCCUACCACUCGGCCGUCCAGGGCAUCGAGGACCUGCUUAUCCAGCACCGCUGCCCGCGGGCGGGGCCCGCCGCCAGGCCCCGCCCCCUGCCGCAGGGCACACUGUCUGGGGACGCCUGCCUGUACGAGAGCGGCCUCCUCGGCGGGGAGGGCCGCUCGCCGCAGUACCGCCACUGCGCCGUCUUUGGAGACCCGCACAUUCGAACCUUCAAAGACGACUUCCAGACGUGCGCCGUGCAGGGGGCGUGGCCUCUCAUCGAUAACGAGUAUCUGUACGUGCAGGCCACCAGCUCCCCGGCUGGGGGGGGCGGCCGCGCCACCGUGCUCACCAAGAUCACCAUCAUCUUUAAGAACUUCCGUCAGUGCAUCGAGCAGCAGCUCUACCAGGCCGAGCUGGACGACGUUCCCGCCGCCUUCGCCGACGGCUCGGUGUGGAGCGGCGAGCGGCGCGGCCAGCGCAGCCUGGCGGUCGGGUCCCGGAGCCCCGGGCGGCACGCGGAGAUCCGGGCGGCGCACAUCGGCACGCUGCUGGUGGUGCGGCAGAGCGGCGGCUCGCUGGGCCUGUCGGUCCGGGCGCCGCGCGGCGUCAUCGAGGCCUUCGGGCCGGAGCAGGACCUGCAGCUGUGCGUGUGGGGCUGCCCGCCGUCCCAGAGGCUGGACACGCUGCGCCCCCCCCGCCCGGACCCCUCGGCGCCCGCCCCCUCCUGGGCGGAGGCCCACUGCGGCGCCCUGCUGCCCGCCCGGGACGUCUACUACCAGGCCUGCGUGUUCGACCUGAUGGCCAGCGGAGACCUGAACUCCAGCGAGGCGGCGGUCAGCGCGCUGCAGGACGCCCGCAGCAUGCUGACCGACGGGGAGGGGCUUCACCUGCUGCCCGCCGCCGCCGCCGUGGCGGGGCCGCCGCCACCGGCCGCUGUGCUGCUGGUGCUCGGCAUGCUGGGAACCAUCAGCAGCGCCUGAAUCAAACAAUGAUCCAGAGGAACGUUCUCACUCAGAGAACAAAACCAGCCGGGACGGCAGACGGCUGGCUUUACCAGGACAGACCGUUUGUGUUGGUGCCACUGAACCCUGCAAUGGCCGAGAACAUCCCCGUCAGCUGAUUUAGGUUAAUAUCAGUGGCGUUCACUUCUACCCAAAGAAGAAUACAUGUUUGUCUGGAGCGAGCUAACUGUGCUAGCUAUGCUAACACAAUACAGCUGUUUAUUACCAGUUGAAAUGUUGAAAAUACUGUUUCCAGUGCAGAUGUUGAGAUGACUUUGGGUGAGACGCUUCCCAAGCCUCCAGGCUGACAU